GAAUCUCAAGUCCCCACCCCUCUUCCCAGUUCCCGGUUCCCACUUCCCACUUCCCGGUUCUCAUCCCUGCAACGGAGUGCUUACAGCGUACGUACGGUGGUCUUCUGCAGCUGCUGCUGCACCUCCGCCUCUGGAUCAAUCGAGAGACUCAGACUCUCUCUCUCUCUCUCUCUCUCUCUCUCUCUCUCUCUGGGGGCAUGGACAUAGGGUUGGGUUCCCGUUGCUCCGGCGGGCCCGAGAGAUCCUCCUCCUCCUCCUCCUCCUCCUCCGGGGCCCCCGUGGCGGCGGCGGCGGAGGUGGAGGAGGCGGUGAGGAGGGAGGUGGGGGCGGACUGGGACGACGAGGAGGCGUGGACGGCGCGCUUCAAGGCAUUCAGCGGGCAGAGGUCGGAUUGGGAACCCAAGUUCGUGUUCUGGAGAAAUCUCAUCCUCGACGUCGCUCGCCGCCUCGGCCUCUGCAUCGUCCCUGCCUCCCAGGUGAAGAAUUCUUGGUUUUCCCGAGGAGGUUUGACGCCUUUGUGCAUGGAGCGAGUUUUGCAUGAAAUGCAUGCCAGCGGUGACAUUUUACUAAGAGGAGAUCUGACUGAUCCAACCAGUGGGCAUCUAUAUCGGAUAUUUAGAAGAGUGAGGCAAAUGGUUGGUACGUUUGGAUCAUCAGCGCUGCAAGAUAACUCAGAAGAUAUUCUCAUUCUAAAGCCACUACUUCAAGAAAGAGCAGCUGAUGUUAUCAAGAUUAUAAGUGAGGCCCAUUGGAUUUCAACCUGCGUCAUUACACUUAGUAAGUUCCGGAGCUUCUGUAAGGGGCCUGACGAGGCUUCUGCAGUCCUAUGUUAUAUAUCUGGCUGCGGGAAAGCACAUUAUCUUGCAAUAAGAAAGGACGACUUUAUCGAGGGCGUGAAGCUGUCGCUUGUGGAAGCAUCUGUUCCUGCUAUCUCAAGGCUUGACUACGAUGUUUUGCAUCUGACAUGGACAACAGAAAAGUUGCAGCAACAACUUGAAGUGCUGGAUCGCCGCUGGGAGAUUUCAAGAAAAAUGGCGUUAGCCUGUUUCAAGUCAGGGAAUAAACAAGCGUCUUACAGACACAUAAGGCAAUGCAAGUUGUUGCAAGAAAACAGGGUGAAAUGCAUAUCACUGGUGGAGAGGGUUGACGAAGUUCUUUGUCUCAUUGCCAAUGCCGAGUCCACAAAGAAGGUUUCUGAAGCUAUACAAGUUGGUGCUAGAGCAAUUAAGGAGCAUAGGAUCAGUAUAGAGGAGGUUCACCACCACCUCCAAGAGCUUGACGCAGUUGUUGCAGCACAGAAGCAAGUUGAUGCAGUGUUAGAAGUUGUGCCACUUCAAUCAGUGGAUAUUGAAGAAGAAGACAUUGAAGCAGAAUUCCAGAAGCUGGAAAAGGAGCUUGAAGAAGCUGCCCCCGAGCCAGAAGCUCGGGAACCAAUGGCAAAACAGGGGGAGGAAGCUGGACCACAACAAUCGGUCGACUCAUUGAGCGAUAAUCUGUCAAAUCUCCACCUCGAAGCUGCGUAGUUGACAGGACAUUUUUGUAUGUGGAGGAAACUUUUCUGCCCAAUAUAUUUUUGAGAAGGAGAAUACUCGUUCCAGGCAUGUAUUUUUUGUCUUCAACAUUUGUAAGUAUUAUUAUGUGAACUCUGUGCAAAUUUGACUAGCCAAUCUUUGGACUUCUAGUUAUGGGAAAAAAAAAAUAGAGAAAAGAGAAGAGAAGGCAAGCUGACAGAACUGGUUACAACUUA